GAUUGGAAGGCUUUUUCAAACCUGCUUCCGUUCUGAGCGGCAAUGGAUUGCAAAGAUCCGAACUGUCGCUGCGGCUUUUCCUACAACGACACUGGUCGAUGGUUAGAAGUGGGAGAUCCAGGUCUUGGCUUCGCUGCGGUGGAGCAUGAACCUGGGUGGGACUUUUUUGAUCUGCAAGGCCCCAGCCACCUUGACGUGCUUCACGUGCGCCGUUCCUUUCCCAUCCGCCUGGUGCGCCUUUAUCGUCAUUGGCCCAGUAGCGAAGUGUUACAAACGGCUUUGCAUCCAGGGGGAGUGCAGCAGUUGCAGCUCAAAGUUCCGGAAAAGGCCAAACGACUUGCCCGCUGGAUCAUUGCUGUUUGCCCCUCCACCUUGGCCUUUCGCGGAACAAAGCGAGUCCCGCCCAGUAUGCCACUGUCCGCAGCAGCUGCAGCUGUGGCUGCUGCUGUGUCCGAAGUAGAAGCCAACGACUUGGAAAGACGAGCCAAAGGAGCUGCGAGUGGCUCGUUGUCUGGAUACUUGCGACAGAGCACUUCACCCUGCUCUUCCACGGCCUCUGGGGCUCCCACUUCCACUGCUGCAAGCACUCCUCGUUUGGGUGCCGUUGCGAUUUUAACCCAGCUCUAUGAGGAGCAGGUGUUGACAGCAUUGAGAGCUGGCGAAAACAGUGGUGAUGAUGCUUUGGACGAAGCCAUUGGGAUUCGAGCUAGAAUGCAGGAGAUUGCUGCCUUGAAAGAAGACCUGGCACUCGAACGAGCUGCCAAAGACGUGGCGCAGGCUUCCGCUCGACAAGCGUCCCUGGAACUGGCGGAGCUGCGGGAGCAGUGCAGCGAGCUACAGCGCUUACUUCGGACCGCCGAACGCGACAAGAUCGCCUCAGAGAUGCAGCUGCGGCAGCUGAGCGCCGAUCUCCAACAUGCAAAGACCUUUGCAUGGAGUGAUGACGGUGAACGAAAGCCCCGAAACCUGGAGGAGGUUGUUUCCAGUGUUGUUGCCUUGGAAAUCAAAGAGCUCCAAGGUGCAAGCAGCCCGGAAGAACGGGCUGUGGCAAAGCGCAAGCUUCUGCUUAGAUGGCAUCCAGACAAAAACUCCGGCAAUGGAGCUGCCAAUGAUUUAGCCAAACGAAUUAUGCAAGAAUUACAAAUUCAUGCAGACUGGGGCAGCCCUGGGUGAUCGUAUUUAUCUCACAUCACCUGUUGGGCUGUCCUCUUCCAGGGGUGCUGAACAUGGGCACCCCUGCACCGUUCUGCACCGCUCUGAUGCACUCUCCCCGAUUCAGAAGACCCGGAUCGAACGGUGCGCUCCGAAGCCAAAACUCCGG